AUGGUGCCGGAGGAGGAACCAACUGGCGAGCGUAUGGCGGUUCUUUUGACUCCGCGGUUCCGUAGACUUGGCCGUCAGAACGAGCUUCCGAGCCCAGGGCUGAACGGGCCAAGUUCCAUGAACCGUAGAGGUGGCUUCUGCCGGAAAAGGAGGACAUGAUGCUCUGGUCGUUUUCAAGCUACUCAGCUAUGGGAUGGUAUUAUUCACUCUCCUCAGGCCCAAGUGGAAAUAAAAAGAAGGAGGCAUCGUUUACGAACAUACGAAGACUGUUUUACUGGUUCUGAUGCUGUCAAUGUGGUCUUAAGUCGUCUUAUGCAAAAUACAUGCCUAAGUAGCAGUGACAUCUCUUGUCUUAAAGGAGUUCGUCUUUGCCGAGUUCUAAUGAACAAAGUAUUUGAACCAGUAGGAAUGAAGAAGCUUUUCAAAAAAGAAAAGGAAUUGGAAUUUGAAGAUUCCAACAAUAGUCUCUACACGUUUCUAGGCAAUAAAUCAUCUUACAAUUGUUGCAAAACAAAGGAUGCUGAGAAUGAGUUCAAUGGUGAAAUAAAACCAAAAGAAACCUUGAAACCAGAAUAUGAAAUGAUUUCAAAUCCUCUAGCACAAGAGAUUGGUGAGGAAAGAAUUGAGGAACUUAUUCAUACAAUAAAUGGAAAUCCAGCUUUAUGUCUAAAUAUCGCAGUUCAGAAACCUUUUCUCCGGCUUUCAAAAGAAGAUGUUUGGAAAGAACAAACAUUAUUAUGUCUUCUUUAAUUGAUUCACCUUCCAUUCUUGGACAAUGUUUUGGAGCCUCCAGUUAAAACACAAAACCUUCUAUUAAACAAAGAGGAAGAUCUUGUUACCGCUAAUACUUGCCUAGACAGAGAACUUAUUCCAAGUUUAUGUCUACUGAAUAAGUGA